AUGGCGGACACAUUGCCUGCUGAGUUGGUCGAAGAGGUCUUUCGCUCUAUGGAGGAACACGUACCAAACGAGCGAAUCGAUAUCUUGACGGCAGAAUCCGUCCAAGCAAUCAAGAACGCUCGCCUCCAAUGCCAAUUCUGGAGCCAGGCAGCAUGGAGAACGUUCGCUAGGCUCGUGGGGCAGGUACCUUUCUUUGCUACCAAGAUCAGCAUGGCGAAGCUGGAAAACCUAAAUUUACACUUCAUGAACCCCGUUCUAGAUCUGGACGACCCACCAACCAAGGAUUUUAUGGUGUGCCAUGCCAAACAAAUUACUUAUAUCACCGGUAAUCGACCAUACUCUUUCUCGGCCCUCAAUUUGACGUCCAAGUUCGAGGAAGAUCUGGCGCAGAUUUUGCCUCGCUUCUCAAACCUCAAGAACCUCCGAUAUAUCCCUACCGUCGAGGGCCACUUGAGAGGCUACAGGUGGGCAAGGUCAAGAAGAGUGUCGUCACAAGGCCUCUACAUCCCCGAGGGUACGGAGGACUACCAACCGUUGAUUCUGGAUCGAAUCGCUAAGGUGCUUCUCCAUAACAACGUCCGGCUCGAGUCCUUUUCCAGCCCUUUCAAAGGGAAAAUCAACCCGCUUCGCGACGCACUUCCCGCUUCCCUCUUCGCUUUCUACGCACCAGGUCAGCCUCUCGCCCGCAUGUUGAACAGCGUGCAAUCGCUGGCUAUCAAUCUCCGCCUUGAGGACGAAGACUCUUCUCAUGCCGGCCUCGAGGCCUCUAACAUCGGAAACCUCCUACAGAGCCUCCAUAACUUGCAGGUUCUUGAGCUAGCCUGCUCCAACACUUCGGACGCCGAACCUCUAUGGGACCAACUCGUCCGCAUCGCCGACCUCGCAGAGUCCCCCACUCCCGCCCCUAUCCCUCUCGCCUCGCUAUCAGAACUCCGCAUCUCCUUCACCGCCACCAACCGUGUUGACGGCGAGCUAAUGGUCACAGCCCUCCGCACCCUGCCCAAUCUGCGUCGCCUCUCCCUCGGCUACGUCAAUCUCGCCGACGAAGUGGAAUGGGACGAGGUGUUUGAGCUCUUCGACGCAUUCUUGGCGCUGGAUAAGCUGCUGCUAGUGGAGCCGCUUCAGUUCGGCGCGCCGUCGAAGAUGAACUGGAACUCGCUGGGGCGGGGGUACGAGUACCCGGCUUUGGAGGAGGCGGCUGGGGUGGCCGCCGGUGGAGGGGUUGGGGUUUAGGAGUUUUGAGGAAGUGUAGCGCGCGGAUUACGUUUUUUAUCGAUGGUGAGGAGGAGGGUAGAGGUGUGAGGGAUUGAAAGGCGACGCUGUUUCUCGAACUUUUAUAAGAUGAUUUCAAAACGCUGUGUAGUGUUUCUUCCGCUUCUUGUUGUUACGCUGAAUUGUCCUAGAUUUUGUGGGUAGUUCGCGUUGGUCUCCGCUCGCUUUAAAUGGUUGAUGGGUGUGCGCUAAUGUACGUAUUGAAGCUUGAUAUUGAUCUUACGAAGGGGUGUCAAUUCGUUCGUCCCUAAUCAAUAGAUUCAACC